AGGUCUUCUCGUUUAGUAGGGUUUACACGUUUUCGACUCGGCGAGAAAUCAAGGAAAUGAGUACAGGGUUGUGGGUUUUGCAGAGAAUCGUGAAUUAGGAGUGUUGAUAUUGUGGAUUUGGCAGAUUAUCGUGAGUUGUGAUCUCUACUUUAGAUCUGUGGAAGGAGAAUAGAGAGGAGGAAUGGCGAACAGGAUUGCAAUGCUGGUCUCGGAAGCAAUGAACAGCAAUGCUGUGAUAAACACGUGUCUUGGAGUAUCGUUUGUGGUUCUGGGGCUUAGAUCUGAUAAACAGCAAAAGUAUGUCGAGGCCUUGCAGGAGCAGAAAGAUUCGCUGUCCAAGUCUAACAAGGAUAUGAAAGUUACAAUGUGGGAGUGGAAACAACAGCUCUUUGCUGAAGCCACCUCUGCUGGUGCUUCCGCGGUUGUUCCUCUCUCCACUCUUAAGGCCAUCUAUGGAGAACUCACCACCCAAUCUGGUGAAGCAGUCAAAGAAGAGUCUAAAGUGUCUACCCCCAGGAUCAUGGUUUGAGAGGAUUUUAGUCUCGUGAUUUGCAUUUGUAAACAUCAAACUGUCUGUUGUUGUGAUUCUAAAAUAAGGUAAGACCCUCUGAUAUGUGAUUGUGGUUAAGGCUUUUCAUUAUUGGAACCCAUUGGUUGAAAGUGGGACUUGCAUGAAUAAUUGAUGACUGAUACGGUAUAUGAAUUCAGGAGCAAGAACGUAUGAAUACACAUUUGAUUGAUCA